GUCCGCGCGGGGCAGCGACUGAGACGCGGGUGCUGAACCGGGAGGUGGCACUGGUCAAGGCGUGCGGCGGCCAGCGAUGAAGCCGCCUAUUUCAAUACAAGCAAGUGAGUUUGACUCCUCAGAUGAAGAGCCUAUUGAAGAUGAACAGACUCCAAUUCAGAUAUCAUGGCUACCUCUGUCACAAGUGAAUUGUUCUCAGUUUCUUGGUUUAUGUGCUCUGCCAGGUUGUAAAUUUAAAGAUGUUAGAAGAAAUAUUCAAAAAGAUACAGAAGAACUAAAGAGCUAUGGUAUACAAGACAUAUUUGUUUUCUGCACCAGAGGGGAACUGUCAAAAUAUAGAGUCCCAAACCUCCUGGACCUCUACCAGCAGUAUGGAAUUACAACUCAUCACCAUCCAAUCCCAGAUGGAGGGACUCCUGACAUAGCCAGCUGCUGUGAUAUAAUGGAGGAGCUUGCAAUCUGUCUCAAGAAUAACCGAAAAACCUUAAUACACUGUUAUGGAGGACUUGGGAGAUCUUGUCUUGUAGCUGCUUGUCUCCUUCUAUACCUAUCUGACACUGUGUCACCUCAGCAAGCCAUAGACAGCCUGAGAGAUGUAAGAGGAUCUGGGGCAAUACAAACCAUAAAGCAAUAUAAUUAUCUUCAUGACUUCCGGGAUAAACUAGCUGCAUAUCUAUCAUCAAGAGAUUCACUAUCAAGAUCUGUGUCAAGAUAAAGAGUUUCAAAUAGCAUAUAUGUAUAUGUGACCAUGUCUGAAAUUUGAGUUCUCUAGCAUCAUUUGUGUUGAAACCAAACUACCAGUGUUAUCCACUUCAAUGUAAAUGUAUAUAUGCAGAUAUCCCUAAAGCCUUUAUUGACAAAAUUGUCUCUUUCACUCAUAACACACAGACAGAAAAUUUGGUAUAGUUUUCCUUUUAGAAAUAUACUGGCUGCUCUGGUAUAUUUUACCUAUGCUGGGAAAAAAAUACAUGCAAAUUUGUAUUAUUUAUA